AUGGCGACCAUGACAGAGACAGAGACCGUCACCAGGGUGGCGGUGCAAGCAUCGCUGAGCAAAGAGGAGAUCGCGGACCGUUUGUUCAACGGAACCCUUCACGCCGACUAUGCUCCGGUUGAACAAUUCACGACCAUCGAUGGCUUACUGAAAUCGCAUGCGGCUCAACCGGAUCAAGCACACAAGCCGCUGGUAUGCUAUCCCGCUCGAAAGGCCGACGAUUUCGAGGAACACACGGCCCGGGAUCUCGACCAAUACACAGAUCUUGCUGUAAAAUAUUAUAUGCAGCAGGGGAUAAAGCCAGCGGAUCCAAGUCUGGAUGAAGCGCCAGUCAUUGCAAUGCUCGCCGGAUCGAGCUUUGAAGUUAUCCUCACCUUUUUCGCGCUCAAUCGCCUUGGAUAUGCAGUUUUGUUCCUCUCCACACGUCUCACAGCUCCGGCAUAUAUAAGGUUAUUGAACAUGGUGAACUGCAACGAAAUGAUCAGUUUGGAACAGUACGGGCCAAUCGUGAAAGACAUCGGCGCCGAGAAGUCUGGGUUUACCCGCCGUCGUAUGCUGGCGAGGGAGAAUUGGUUCAACAAGCCCGCUGCCACAGCUCGAUUUGAGCGAUCAGGGGUAGACUUGAACAAAGAGAGCAAAAAGAUAACUUGGAUUUUGCAUUCAUCUGGUAGCACAGGAUUUCCGAAGCCUAUUUUCCUGACCAACUAUCAGACUCUUGCAAAUUGGCGCAAGAGCUUCGGCCUCCGGGUAUUCAACAUCAGUCCAUUAUUCCACUCUCACGCCUUAAUGGAACUCGGGCGAGCUCUUUACACCAGAGCCCCGGCCUAUCUUGGGAAUCAUUCCCUCCCAGUCACAUAUCAGAACCUUUAUGACGCAUUGCAAGUCGCGCAACCUCACCAGAUCAGUGCCGUUCCAUAUGUGAUCAAGUUAUUGUCAGAAAGACCGGAGGGAAUCCAAGAACUAGUCAAGCCAAAGCUCGUGAUUUAUGGUGGGUCUAGCUGCCCUAGCGACCUAGGAGACAGACUUGUUGCACAAGGUGUUAAUCUGAGCGGCAACUAUGGUGCGACUGAAACCGGCCAGAUCAUGACUUCGUUUCGCUAUCCUUCUGAUAUUGAGUGGGAGUAUAUGAGGCUUCAUCGUCCCGUAGCCGACCAUACUCUGAUGGAUGAAAUAUCGCCUGGGGUCUUUGAAUGUGUUGCUUUGGAUGGCCUUCCAAGCAAAGGCCCUUCCAACUCUAAACCGCCAUUUUCGCCGCAAAAUCCAGAAAAUAGCUUUCGCACGUCUGAUCUAUUCACUCGCCACCCCGACCCCAAGAAGAGCAAUUAUUACAAGUAUCUGAGCCGACUCGAUGACAGACUUACCCUUGUUAAUGGGGAGAAGGUUCUUCCAAUACCUAUCGAGGGCCGUAUUCGUCAGGAAGAAUUGGUUGGAGAGUGUGUUGUUUUUGGAAUUCAGCGAACGGUUCCUGGAGCUCUCAUCUUCCGAGCCCCAGGGAAGGCUACUCACCUAAACAAUGAGCAAUUCUUGGAACACAUCUGGCCGGCGGUUGAAGCAGCGAAUGCUCAAGCCGAAACAUUUUCACGCCUUCCAAAGGAGCUGGUUGUGGUCAAGGAUGCAGAUGUUGUGUAUCCUAAAACCGAUAAGGGAACCUGCAUACGUGCUCAAGUCUACCAGGUGUUCGAAGAUGAUAUCAAAAAUGCGUAUGCUGGUUUUGAAGGCACUGAUCAAAAAAAGGGCGACCUUGCCCUCAGCGUACCUGAACUAGAGGAGUGGCUGCUUACAAGAUUUCGAAAGGACUUGGGUGUGCCCCUUGCAAGCCCCGAAACCGACAUAUUUGGAGCUGGCGUGGACAGCUUGCAGACAACCCAAAUUUGGAGAAGCAUCGUGCGUGACCUCGAUCUUGGAGAGAACACGGAAAGUGUCAGUCAAAAUAUUGUAUUCGAAAAAGGAACUGUCAGCGAUCUUGCGAAACAUCUCUACCACUUGCGGACCGGCGAGACCUUUGAACAGGAAAAUGAAUUGAAGGUCAUGGAGGAGCUCAUUGAAAAGUAUUCCCACUUCACCCAACACCACCCCACCAUUCAACAACAGCCUGAACCAGAAGUGGUGAUUGUUACUGGAGCCACUGGUAACUUAGGCGCAUUUGUUGUUGCCGAAAUUGCCAAACGAUCAACUGUUUCUGAGGUCUGGGCUGUCGUCCGAGCAUCAGGACAAGCUUCCGCAGGAGCUCGACUUUGGAAGGCUAUGGCGGACCGCAACAUCUUCCUCACGAACGAAGAGGCAGCUAAAGUGCAUGCCGUUCCUAGCGAUCUCUCGAAGUCCAACCUUGGCUUGGAAGGAUACGUUCUGGAUCACCUCCUGUCUACCACGACCUCUGUCAUCCACAGUGCUUGGGCUGUCAACUUCAACCUGGGAGUUCGAUCGUUCGAGGAACAACACAUCCGGGGAACAUAUAACCUCAUCAAUUUCUGCUUGAGAUCUAAGCUUCCUUCCCCAGCCCGGUUUUUCUUCUGCUCCAGUGUCAGCGCCGCUAGCGCCACCCCCAAGCCAGCCUCCAUUUCGGAAUCUGCCAUUGAAAAGAUCGAGCAUGCCCAGAAAAUCGGCUACGGACGAUCGAAGCUCGUUACGGAGCACAUCACUCGCAAUGCGAUGCGGAAGACUGGCAUGCACGCGCGAGUCUUCCGGGUUGGACAGCUGGGUGGUGACACCGUGACCGCACAAUGGAAUGAGACUGAAGCGAUUGCCCUCAUGUUCCGCAGCACUCUCACAACAGGCGCUUUACCGGAGCUCAAUGAGCGACCGAGUUGGUUGCCUGUGGAUCAAUGUGCUACAGCUAUCUCGGAUCUGGCACUGAACCCCGACAAUGCCAAUUUUUCGGACGCCGACUUGGUGUAUCACUUGGUUAACCCAAAUUCAUUUAGCUGGAAAAAUGAUCUGCUCCCCGCUUUAAAGAAGGGAUGCGCAUUGCCGGAUUUCCAGGUUGUCUCGCCACAGGAGUGGCUCAGGAGACUCGCAAAUAGCGAUCCCAACCCCGAGACGAAUCCCAGUAUCAAGCUUCUAGAUUUCUGGAAGGGGAAGUAUGAGAAUGCUCCGACGCCGAAGUCAGAUGACGAGGAGCCAGCCGGUCUGUUCUUCGAAACUGAUAGUACAAUUCGUGACUGUCCUUCACUCGGUGAUGUCAAAGACCCUGUUGCUGCAGGGCUGAUACAGAGAUACAUCGAAGUAUGGAUGAAGAGUUGGACCCGUGCAUGA